CCGCCAAGCCUCCUGGAAAAUGUAGUCCGGGGUCGUGUGCUUUCGACACAAAAUUGCGACCCGCUCCGAAAAUUCACUGAUGCGCCUGCGCAACGCGGGGCUUCUGGGAAAUGUAGUUCGAGCGGUCUGGCGAGCUGCCGAACGGCGUGCGGCCUGCUGGGAAGUGUAGUUCCCGCCCGAGGGUCCCGGCCAGGGCUGCGGAGGCGCGGCGGCAGGCGCGCGGCGGGCAGACCUGGAGGGGGCGGAGGCGCGCGGGCCUCAGAGCCGCCCGCGGUGCCUGAGGAGAGCGAGGUCACGGCGCCCCAGUGUGUCCGCUCCGGCCUCCACAGCCGCCACCUCUGCGAGGUCCCAGCGCCGGGCACAGCCAUGGCCUACUGUCGGCAGGAAGGGAAAGAUCGAAUCAUAUUUGUGACCAAAGAAGACCACGAAGCUCCCAGCAGUGCAGAGCUGGUGGCUGAUGACCCCAACGACCCAUAUGAGGAGCACGGACUGAUACUGCCAAAUGGAGACAUUAACUGGAACUGCCCGUGCCUUGGGGGCAUGGCCAGCGGCCCCUGCGGGGAGCAGUUCAAGUCCGCCUUCUCCUGCUUCCACUACAGCACAGAGGAUAUCAAGGGGUCAGACUGUGUGAACCAAUUCCGGGCCAUGCAGGAGUGCAUGCAGAAGUACCCAGACCUCUAUCCCCAAGACGACGACGAUGACAGUGAGGAGGGGGAGGAGCAGGCAGCGGAGCGUGGUCAGGAAUCGGUCCCCACUGAGGCUGCAGCCGCCCAAGAGCAGAGUUCAAGCUAAUGAAGGCCACAGGCCCUGAGCUCCACGCUCCUCACAGGACACGGACCUCUGCACCAUGCCUUCCAGUCACCCUCUGAGGAGAAGGUGUCUCCCUCGUUCUGUGCACUGUGAUGUUCAAAGUAAUUUAUUUGGAGGAUGGCGGCUUGGCUCUUUGCCAUGUACACUGAUAAAGGAGGGUUGUGUGUCUGUGUAUCCUGCACACACCUGUUGGUGAGUGUGGAUGCCCCCAGCUCUCAGACGGCCCUGGCGUUGCCAGCGUGGAGUAACGUGCUGAAUACCUCAGCAACCAGGGGUCAUUCUAGCAGCAUUUCUGUGGUGUGAACCUACUUAUUCUGAUUGUAUCCCUUGUUGUAGAUUUUAUACCUCUCUGGGACAUGAACUCGAGGCAGAAAGUUUCCUGUCAACAUGCUGGUGUGGCCCCUUCCUGCUGGCGGAGGCCAGAGGAGCCAGUGGUCAGUGCAUUUCUCAAGAUCAAUCUUGCUCUGGAGUGUGGGAAAGGCGGCUUCAUUCCUGCACAUUAUUUCCUUGUUGGCAUUGAGCUCUAGGCUCCAGGUUUUCUGAUUCCCAAUGUCUUUUGAAGUAGGGAGAAAGGUGGUUUUGCGAUUCCGUGUUUUCCUGUUCUGAGAGCCCUGGUUUGGGCCUGUUUUCACGCAGCUCACAGCCUCGUCAGGGGGCAUCUUCCUGAGAGUGGGGACCUCACUGUUGCCAGACCAGCAGCCAAAGAGGAAGCAGUGUGAAUGAGAGACUUAAUUAAAAGCAAAUGUGAUUUCUAA